AUGAGCGAGACUCCUACUCCUACUCCUACUACUAAGAAGAAAGAAGAAUUAAAAGAAUUAAAAGAAGAAGAAUUAAAAGAAGAAGAAGAACAACAAGAAGAAGAAAGUGAUUCCACGGGAUGGGGAUUCUCGCUUCCGUCGAUUUCUCUCCCGACUUCAGCAGACUUCCACUUCGCCUCGCUCUCCGAUUCCAUCUCCAACGUGGUGAAAGAGUUGGAAACGAAAGCAGACGAGGCGUAUUCGCAGAUGAAAGGAAUGACGGACGAGGCCGUGAAGAAUACAGUCAUGGAAGCGGAAAGGAUGAAUCAUCUCUCUCGCGAUGAUGAUUUUAACUUGCAGGAAGAGAGUUUAUCAAUGAACGAGGAGGAACUCGUCGUAAAAGAGAAAGCGGCAGCGAACGCGACGAGACAGAAAGAAGAAGCGAGGAAGAAACUAGAGAAGGCAAAAGCAGAGAAAAAGAGGAAAGAAGAAGAAGAAGAAGAAGAGAAGAAGAAGAAGGAGAGAGAGAAGAAAAAGAAGAAGGAACAAGAAGAAGAAGAAGAAAAACGCGAACGCGAGCGCGCCGCCGUCGCCGCAGCAACAGCAGCAGCAGCAGCAACAGCCGCUGCUCAAAAAGAGAAGGAAGAAAACGAGAAGAAGAAGAAGAAGAAGAAAGCUUCGCCGGCGGUUCCCGACGCGAAGCAGAAACCAGCGGCGCAAGUAGCGCCGGCGUCAUCGUCACCAUCACCGCCACCACCACCACAAAAAUCGACGAGCGAAUCUGAUGCCAACGCUUCUACUAGUAAUAGCACUAAAGGAACAACAAUAGCAACAGCAGCGGCAACAACAAAAACAACACCAACAACACCAACAAAAAUAGCAGCAGUAGAGAAAGGAGCAAACGACGACGAAAGUAACGAUGCAACUGCGGAGCUUCUGAGAGAGCUCGAGACGUUGAAAGCGAAACAUCUCGAACAAUCGAAAGAACUCGAAACGACGAAACAAGCGCUCGCGUCUCGAGAGGAAACUUUGCAAAGAAAAAACGAAGCCGACGCGGAAUUGAAAAGACAAGACGAAAGCGAGGCUUUAAAACUCGAACAAGAGAUGAAAGAUCGCGUCGCUCAAGCUGAGCGGAAAGUCCUCGCGUUGACGAAAGAGCGAGACACAUUGAAGAAAUCUUUAGAGAAAAAUAGAGCGGUUUCGGAUGUAGUGAAAGAGAAGGAUAAAAUUAUCGACGAGGUCAUGAAAGAAGGCGAAGUGUUGAGCAAGAAACAAUCAGAAAUGGAAGGGACGAUUAAAAAGUUGAAAGCUACGUUACGAGAAAAAGACGAAGAGAUGGAAGAGCGAAACAACGAAUUCGUUCGCGUGCAAGAAAAUUUGAAAGUCGCCGAGAUGAACAAUCGAGAGUUGACGACGGAUUUAGAGGAGAAGAAUCAAUACUUUUCGGAUAAACUGGCGGAAGCGAGAAGAGAAACCGCAGAUUUAUCCAUCACGAACUCUGGUAAAGCCAAGUUAGAGCAAGAAUUAUCCGAGGCGAAAGAAAGAGAAUUCAAUCUCGUAGAACUGAAGAAAGAUUUGGAGCACGCGCUCAAGCGCAACACGGUACAAUACGAACGGCAAGAGGAACGAUUGAAACGAGAUUUAAUCGAAGUCGAGGAGAGAUGCAGAAUAGCUGAGGAGAAGUUGGAGGAGUUGACCAGAAAAAUGCCCGAAAGCACGCGACCGCUCUUGAAACAAAUCGAAAGUAACGAGAAAUUAAUGGAUGAGAAAACAAACGAAUGGCGAGAAGUCGAGGCGGUGUUGUUCGCAAGAAUCGAACAGGCUGAAAGUGCGACCGAGGAAGAAAAGGCGCUGAAACUCGAAGCGAUGGAGAAGUGCGAGAAGAUUAACGCCGAUCUGAAAUCGCAUAAAAUGAAGAUUGCUCAGAAAGAUGAAGAGAUUAGAAAAAUACAAGACGAGUGCGAAGAGAUGAAGACGGAGCGCGAGGAGGAAAAGGAAGCGCAAAAAUCCGUGUUGCAAAAUAUCGCCGAGAAAGAAGCUAAACGAGAAGAGCGCGAAAAAGAAAUAAAAGAUCAAAUGAAACAGUUACGGAAUCUUCUCGCCGAAGAACGGGCAAAAGUGGAAAAGAUUGAUCGCACGUUGAACGAAGAACGGGACCGAUUUGAGGAGUCGGUAAAAAGUUUGGAAGAAAAAUUACGUCAAGCAAACAUCAAGUUGGCAGAAUUGCGCGGUCACGGUGGCGGUGGCACCGGCGGCGAUGGUAUCGCCCCUAGUGGCGAGAGAGUGUCAACAUCAGCACAAAGCCAAAAAACCAACGGGAAAGGAGGACCGUCCAUGUGGACCGUUCCCAUAACGUUUGACUCUCUCUCUUCUUUUGGAGAAGGCGCGUCUUUACAAGUUCAGCAAAUUUUAGAAAACGCGCAGAGACAACUUCAAGCUCGCACGGAACAGUUAGAGCUCGCGAACACGAGAAUAAAGCGAUUGGAGGCCACGAGAGACGCUCUGAGCGAAGAGCUCACGGCGUAUUUGUUGAGCGAAGACGAAAGUUACUUUCAAUCGCACGGUCAAACGUCGUUGAAAGAUUUGGCCGACGCUCAGCUUCGCGAAGAGUUUACGGAAAUCGAAAAGAGGUACAACGUCGUCUUGGAACUUUUGGGAGAAAAAGACGAAGAGAUUGAAGAUUUGAAAGAUAACGUCGUUUCUUUGAAGGAGUUGGUGAACAAUCUGAGUUUGCAAAACGCAGAGAGCGCGUGA